GUGUUUCCGGUCCGACCCUUUUCUUCCUCCGCUCCGGUCUGUUUUCCGGUUUCUGGCCCACGUGCGAAAUAAAUUUUCAUUUUACUCCUGAAUAAUCUGUAAAACUUUGGACCGAAUGGCGUCAACCUUCGAGCAGAUGAGGGCGAACGUGGGGAAGCUCCUGCGAGGGAUCGAUAGGUACAACCCCGAGAACCUCACCACGCUGGAGCGUUAUGUGGAGACACAAGCUCGGGAAAACGCCUACGACCUGGAGGCCAACCUGGCUGUGCUGAAGCUGUACCAGUUUAAUCCAGCUUACUUCCAGACUCCCGUGACGUCACAGAUUCUUCUCAAGGCUCUGACCAACCUGCCACACACCGACUUCACCCUCUGCAAGUGUAUGAUCGACCAGACACACCAGCAAGAGGAGCGACCCAUCAGACAGAUCCUCUACCUGGGGAACCUGCUGGAAACCUGCCACUUCCAGAGCUUCUGGACGAGUCUUGAGGAGAACAGAGAGCUCAUCGACGGCAUCGCCGGUUUCGAGGACUCGGUUCGGAAAUUCAUCUGCCAUGUUGUGGGCAUCACCUACCAGACCAUCGACCGGCAGCUGCUGGCCGAGAUGCUGGGGGACCCGCUGGACACGCAGCUGAAGGUGUGGAUGAAUAAGUACGGCUGGACGGAGAACGAGGACGGCCAGAUCUUCAUCUACAGCCAGGAGGAGAGCAUCAAGCCCAAGAACAUCGUGGAGAAGAUCGACUUUGAGAGCGUCUCCAGCAUCAUGGCUACAUCUCAAUGACACGAGCAGACGCACACACCCAACAUUCGUUUUCACAAUUGCUAAAAUUAAAUAAUAAAAUCAAGCUAAAAAAAAUCA